AUGUUCCAACCAAAUGAUGACCCUAUCGCCAUAUUACCUCUUUUCAAGAAAACAGCGUCAACAGAUUGGUUCGAGAAUUCCGAAAUGCAAUUUCAAUUGCGAAACGUGGUGUGUAAAACAAUAAGAUUCUAUCACGUAAUAAUUUUCCUGCCGUUGGAUAUAGUCUCCAAUUUGUCAUUAAAAGUGCAAAGAGGAACAGAUUACGACGCUCUAAAAGCAGAGUUAUUAUCAACGUUCAAACAAACCAAACCAGAGAAAUUCCAAGAAAAAGAAUCUUUUAAAAUAAACUUGAAUCUGAUGAAUGUAAACAAAAUUGAAGAGAGGCAGCCACCAAAAGAGUCCAAUAAAAUAAAAGUUGUCCUGAGCAAGAACAAAGAUGAAAAUGACAUCCAACAAUCACAACAGCAAAAUGCUGAGCAGAAUGUUACCAUCCCAUCAGCAAAUUCACACAUGAACGAUUCUCUCCUUCUAGUUCUUUCUCUUCCUUCUCCUGUUCAACAGCAGCAGCAACAAGAUCAUCACAGAAAGAGAAAAGCAGAGCAUAGUUCAUCGUCCUCACAUACAUCUCAUUCUAGAAAUCGUUUGCAGCUGGACAGAAGGUUGCAUGAGAGGCCAGAACAAAAUUUGAACCAGCAACCAAAACGGCAACCGCGUUUUCAGCAACAACGCCAUCAUCAACAUCUCAUGAAACAAGAUAAAUGUCAACCAAAUUAUCAGCGACAAAAACAUCAUUACGAGAAACAAAUUCAACAAAACCAGCAACAUCAGACACAAAAUCUACUGAAGCACCAGAAACAGCAACAACAACAUCAGGCGCAACAACAACACAAGAAACAAGACCGAAUCCGAACCAACGACCCAACACUCCAGAAAAGGGAGGCGAAUAACAUUCAACAAACGAAAUGA